GGUAGGGAUCUUGUUCCGUGGGUUCACGAACCUUUGAAACGUCCUGUCCGCGUUUCCACGGCGCGCUGACACCAGUGUUCGCCUCUUAACCCCGCUGUAGGGUCCUGGGGUCACUUUCUCACCUGCAGACCACGCGGCCCUUUGUGAUGACGACAGUGAAGGUGUUUCGCAGUGCGGCCCGUCACGGCUACGCAGUGGAAGUGUCUCCGUACCUCCCCAACAGAGUGGCCUGUGCUGCCGCGCAGUAUUAUGGGAUAGCAGGCUGCGGCACGCUGCUGGUCCUGGAUGAGACGGAGACGGGCCUCGCUUUAGUGAAAAGUUGGGAGUGGAGUGAUGGGCUGUUCGACGUGGCGUGGAGCGAGGCAAACGAACACGUGUUGGUGGCCGGCGGAGGCGACGGCAGCCUGCAAUUGUGGGACACGACCAAUCACAGCGCUCCACUGAGGGUGGCCAAAGAACACACACAGGAGGUGUACUCUGUGGACUGGAGUCAGACCAGAGGGGAGAACCUGAUUGUUUCUGGGUCGUGGGAUCAAACUGCCAAAGUGUGGGAUCCAGCUCUCAGUCGAUCGCUGAGCACCCUCAGGGGUCAUGAAGGGGUCAUCUACAGCACCAUCUGGUCGCCUCACAUCCCAGGAUGCUUUGCGUCUGCCUCAGGUGACGGGACACUCCGAGUUUGGGAUGUGAAGGGCGCGGCGUGCAGAUUGGCCGUCCCAGCACACAAGGCUGAGAUCCUCAGCUGUGAUUGGUGCAAAUAUGACCAGAAUAUCGUGGCCACAGGUUCGGUGGACUGUACUGUGUGCGUGUGGGACCUGAGGAACGUCCGACAGCCUGUCAGUCAGCUGCGGGGACACACCUACGCCAUCCGCAGACUCAAGUUUUCUCCCUUCGAUAAGACGGUGCUGGCGUCCUGCUCGUAUGACUUCACCGUCAGGUUCUGGGAUUACAGCAGACUCCAGCCUCUUCUGGAUACCGUGGAGCAUCAUUCAGAGUUCGUCUGUGGAUUAGACUUCAACCUGCAUAUCCUCAACCAGGUGGUGGACUGUUCCUGGGAUGAGACUGUGAAGAUCUACACACCUGCGUGCCUGUCAGCUGGAGCUCAUGGUGCAGCACCUUAAAACACACAGACUCACGCUCUGAUACCUCUGAGCACAGACUGAAUUCACCUGUGUGCUGGUGGGCGGGGCCUUUCCCUGCUCUCUGAUGACGUCGCCAGCUUCCCUUCACCAUAACGAGUUCUUCAUCCCCCAGAACUGACUCUCAGCUUCAGCCUCGUUGUUAAAGACACGUCACCGAGGAUGACACUGACCUGAUGGACAUGUCUUAUGGCAAAAUAAAGCAUGUGCUUUUCAAACUAUAAUAGCAGAUGUUUUAAUAACUUUGGUUUUUGGUAUUGAAAAUCUAAUAAAUCAGGUAUUUCAGCGGGAUUGGUACCAGUGACCAAUCUGUGGCACCUCUCUAGCCAACACUGCCCAAAUGUGCCUAGAGCAGCGGCACGGUGGUGCAGUGGUCACGGCUGUUGCCUCACAGCACGGAGGUUUCUGGUUCAAAGUCAAUUCAAUUCAAUUCAAUUUUAUUUAUAUAGCGCCAAAU